GAACGAGCUAGAGCGCCAAUUCCUUGACAUGAUUCAGUUCAACAUCAAUGUUCCCAGCUCCAUCUACACCAAGUACUACCUAAGCAUCCGAACUCUGACUUUGGGAGGCUACGCACUUACCCGGUUAUCCGUUGAACGAGCCCAAGAGCUUGAGGUAUGUCCGCAGGACUAUCUACUUUACACGUGCAAUAUUUAUUUACAUGCUACUCAGUACUGA